AUGAACUGGGAAAAAGCUGAAACCGAAGUCAAUCUAUUCUAUGCCCUUACCGGACACAAACCGGUCGGUAUCGCGAAGCAUUUCCAAAUGCUUUUCCUGCACGACAAAUUCUGUCGUCUCGCAAAUCAAGAUGUGUCCUCGAAAGUCCUUUGGGACCGUCUCGAAGAGUUGUGGGAUCUUGAGGCGCUCGACAAGAGUGAAAUAUCGCCUUUCCCUAAUUCGCGCACGGUCGACUUCGAGCUGCCUGAAGACGAAUUCGGUCAGCUGAUUCAAAUCCGCAGAAAGGCAGCCGGGAACGACUUGAGCGACGAGGACACGACCAGCGAUGACGUUAGAAGCAGCAGCGUUACCAACGUCAGCGAGGACGAGUCCACGACCGAUGGCGACAUUUCCUCAGAGAAACGGCUCCCGCCGAAAAAACCGGCCACAGGUGGCAAAACCGGCAAAGGCGACUGGACCCCUGCGAAAGCCUGUCCCAUACCUACAUUCAGUAAUACGGCCAGAGCGCGGCGAGCGGCGAUCGGCGAGACGGCCAUGUCUGUCCCAUCUCCCUCCUCGAGUUCAACAAAGAGCGCAACGCCUGCCCCUGAAGCUGCCGCUACACCCUCGGACACCAAGGCGACGGGUGCAGGUGCAGCCGUCGUAUCCGCUAAAGAGAGGAAUAAGACUCCCCAACCCGAAACAUCGGCUUCGACGACGGCGGUCAGCAACGUGGACGGCGGCUCUUCAGGAUCCUCAGCGGCAGUAGCAGCGACGUCAGCCUCCGAUCACUCGGAAGCGAGAUCGACCUCUCCAGCUUUCAGCAACGCUCCGGGCUCAGCUGCGACAGCAGUGGCUGGCUCUGCGUCUUCUGCUGGUGCGUCCGCUGGCGCAUCUGUGUCCGCACCCUCGAACUCACCGCCCUCUUCGACACUAUCGUCCACCACGUCGACGUCCACGCCGGCGAACUCGUCGACGACCUCGUCGACGGUUCUCUCCAACGCCGCAGUUCCCGGUUCAGCAACAGCGGCUCCCGGCUCACAGGACGAGAAGAAAGAGUCCGGAGCGAGUAAUCACCACAGUGCUUCGUCUUCGCAGUCUCGUCGGAGCGGAUCGACCAAAGACUUGAAGAAUAAAGACGGAGCUUCGAAAGCGUCAACGACGACGACGACCAAAAGAGAGUCAUCUACUCAGUCGGUUCGGAGGAGCGAUCACAAGAAACACGACGAUAGCGCCAAGAGUAGGAGGGUCACCGACGUAAAGAAAGAGCAGACAGAGAAGCGCACCCGGACCUCGUCAGCCACCCAAGAGGACAAGGACAGCAAGGAGAAAUCCUCAGAUAAAACAUCUUCGAAAUCGACUUCGAAACGGAACGACUCGCGAAAGCCCGCCAGCCAUCAGGAACCGCCCCUCAACGACGAGUGCCAGAAGGACUGCCUCUCCGGCGACCACUUCAUCGAAGACCCCGUCGACAACCCCCACCGUUGCUGCUGCGAAACCAGGUCACACCCGUAA